GUGUGUGUGUGUGUGAGAGAGAGAGAGAGAGAGAGAGAGAGAAAGUUCUGCCCUCUGAGAGAAUCAAGAGCAACAGCUGUUCAGGACAGACCCACCACAGGACAUAGGGUGCAGAGCUGCCAGUAGUGACAUGCUGAGGACUGGAUGACUGUGAUGAAGGAGGGAUGAAGUGCAAAGUGAGUCCCACUAAAUACCUGUUAUUCAGGAAGGGAAUAGAGUAGGAAACUACAGUGGAACUAGGAGGUGCUAGAUGGACAAUUAGAAGAGGAACUGUGACAAAUGAGGAAUGAAACAUAAACGGCAACAGUACCUGAGAGAUAGAGAGAAGUAGAGAGAGACUGAACACCAGAGAGUGCAAUACUGAGAGAGAGAGAGAGAGAGAGAGAGAGAGAGAGAGAGAGAGAGAGAGAGAGAGAGAGAGAGCAGAAACAAGGGGGUGGGAGACACACCAAAAAAGGGCUUGAGUCAGAGCUGGAAUCAAUGCUUGCUGGACAAGCGCACAGACACCAGGGGAGAAGAAUAACGCAACAAUAGACAGACAGUGUGUGUGUGUGUGUGUGUGUGUGUGUGUGUGUGUGUGCGUGUGUGUGUGUGUGUGUGUGUGUGUGUGUGUGUGAGAGAGAGAGAGAGAGAGAGAGAGAGAGAGAGAGAGAGAGAGAAAGAUACAGACAGACAGACUGACAUUAAAAAAGAACAUGGUGCACUAAGGAUUGGUAAGUGUAUUAGAGUAUGUGCAGUAUGUUUUGAGGUUAGUGGUAGUGUACAGAUUUAUAGGAGUGGGUGAAUAGAGAGUGUACUUGUUCCACAUAUGAGGCUAUGGAAUAGAGCUGCAGCUGAACACAGACCGUAAGCUGUGCUGUGCCACCAUGUCCACGGGCCCCGGGCCCCGAGAGGCCUCCCUACCCAGAGAGAAGCUACUGAAGGAGCCUGGUGUGAUGGUGGGGAGCUCGGCUCAUAGUCCUGUGGGACUACAGACACUUCUCGACCUGCUAGUUGGAGUCUACCAGGAGUUCCAGUCCUCCGAUACAGCCAGAGAUAGAUACAUCAGACGUUUCCUGCAGUGGGCGGAGCCUCUGGUGAGACAAGUGAAGAAGACCCGAAUAAAAAGGGAUGAUUUCAACAUCCUGAAGGUGAUUGGCCGGGGGACCUUCAGUGAGGUUGCUGUUGCUAGAAUGUGCAACACUCAACAGGUCUAUGCACUGAAGAUAAUGAACAAAUGGGACAUGCUGAAGCGUGGACAGACAGCAUGCUACCAGGAGGAAAGGGAGGUUUUGCUAAAAGGGGAUCGUCGCUGGAUCACAGAGUUGCACUAUGCCUUCCAAGAUGACAAUUACCUUUACUUAGCAAUGGAUUACUAUGUUGGUGGAGAUUUGCUGACAUUGCUUAGUAAGUUUGGUGACCAUAUUCCAGAGGACAUGGCUCAGUUUUACUUAGCAGAGAUGGUGAUGGCUAUUGACUCUGUCCACAGACUGGGCUACGUCCACAGAGAUGUGAAGCCUGAUAACAUCCUGCUAACAGCGGAUGGACAUGUGCGACUGGGGGACUUUGGGUCAUGUUUGAGACUGCAGGAUGAUGGCAUGGUUCACUCUUCGCUGGCUGUAGGUACUCCAGACUACCUGUCUCCAGAGAUCUUGCGAGCAGUAGAAGGUGGAGGAGGCUAUGGUAUAGAGUGUGACUGGUGGGCUCUUGGUGUGUGUGCAUAUGAGAUGCUACUGGGGACCACACCCUUCUAUGCAGAGUCUCUGUCUGAAACCUAUGCAAAAAUAAUCCACUUUCAGGAUUAUUUUGAGUUCCCUGCAUCUGCUGUGGAGAUUUCUGAGGAGGCACGCUCCCUGAUCACAGGUUUGCUAUGUGACAGGAACGAAAGGCUGGGUGCAAAUGGCUCUGCAGAUUUCCGGAGUCAUCCUUUCUUCAGUGGACUUGAGUGGAGUGCCUUGCACCAGAUGCCUGCACCCUAUCAGCCUGAAGUCUCCAAUGCUACAGACACCUCCAACUUUGACGUGCUGGAUGACUGCCUCAGUGAAACAGAGACUCUAACUGAUGUAAUGGACAGAGCACCUACAGGAAUUCACCUAGCAUUUGUUGGAUACUCUUAUACAGCUACUAGAGAAACAGGAGCUAUGGACCGCAGCCAAGACAUCAUGAUGGAAAUUGACCAGCAGCCAGUUCUAGAGUCUCUGUACCUGCCGGAGAAACUGAAUCAGUUGUGGCAGCUCAGGGAGCCUCAUGAGAUGUCGACACAGACAGAUUUUCCCCUGGCCUUUGAACACAGUACUGUAGAGCCUUCAACCACAUCAGAUACAGAACAGAGCAAUGCCCAAAUCCAGGAACUGCAGAGGCAACUGAAGGAGGCUGAGCAGAGAAAUGGAGACCUGAAACAAGAAGUACAGACCCUGCUUGACGAGAUCCACAGACUCAAGGUCCAACAGAACUGUGUGUGUGCCCAUCACCUGUCUUUCUGCCUGCCUGCUGUGUGGAGCCUUUCAGGGAUAACUCAGCAGUGCCCCCUGCCUGCCAUUACCCACUAGUGAGGCCUCUGCUGCGCCAUCUGCUGCUCUUCCACAGGGUGCAUUGGCCACAGGAGAAGACUGAGUCGUACCUGCUGGUGUGUGCGGAAAGCAGAGAACUCCAGAUGUGGGAGCGCUCCUGCAGUUCUGAGCUCUCCUGAGUGCUGCUGUGUGAAGAGUUGAUGUCAGGUUCUCUUUGUGGGUCCAGUAUGAUUGUCUGACAUUCUCAGACAGCUUGUAUAGUGCAGUCUCUAAAACUCUCCACACCUUACUCUAAGCCACACUGCUGAGAUCCAGCUUGUUGUUAACACCAUUCAGGAGUAUGUGCACCUGAGGUUAAUUCAGUAACAAGUAGCAAGCUUAAUAUGUUAAUGUUUACUUUAUAGACCUCAUUGAUUUUCAUUGAUUUGGGUUUCAUGCAGGCUGACACUUGAUUGCACUUGUUAAUGAAAAAUGGGUUUAUGGUCUUUCAGUUUGUAUGAUACUCCUUUUUAUACACACUUAAGCUUUUGUAAUGUAAUUUAAACAAGUACCAUCUGAUAUAUCAAAGUGUUUGUGUGUAUCAGGCACUGACACUAACACACUCACAUUAGCUUAGGUACAAACAAAAGAAAAAGAGGAGAGGACAUAGAGAAAGACCACUGAAUCCCAGGUGUGCUGUUAUAAUGCACUGUGUACUUCAAAGAUUUUAUUAUCUUUUGUACAAAGAAAGUAUUAAAUCUAUUGCACAUUAAAAAGCUUUAAAUGUUA